AUGGCCACUUCUUCCUCUGAUAGUUUUCCAAUAGCCAUCAAUGCCACCCAGCAAAUUACUGCACGUCUCACACCAACCAACUUCCCUUCAUGGCAUGCUCAAUUUGAGUCUCUCCUCUUCGGCUAUAACUUCUUUGGCUAUGUCGAUGGCACUCAUACCUGCCCACCCCUAUCGACGUCAACUGAUGCAGCUGCCACUACAGCUCAUCACCUUUGGUUCCGUCAGGACAAACUUAUUCUAAGUGCAAUUCUGACUUCAGUGUCCCCCGCUGUGAUACCACUCAUAGCAAUCUCAAAGACGUCAUAUCAAGCCUGGACUAAACUGGCAAAACUGUAUGCUAGUCGAUCCAGGACUCGUGUCAUGCAGCUCAAAGAGGAUCUCACCCUCAUGCAACAUGGCAAUCGCAGCAUUACAGAGUACCUACACUCUGUAAAAACCAUUGCCGAUGAGUUUGCUCUCAUCGAUGCCCCAUUAUCUCAAGAUGACAUCACCCUAUAUGUUCUUCAUGGCUUAGGAUCAGAUUUUCGUGACAUUGUUGCCCUGAUUCGAGCCCGAGAGUCUUCACUCUCAUUUGAAGAAUUACAUGAUCUGUUACUUGGUCAUGAGGCAUAUCUUCGAAGGCUUGACUCCACUGCUCAAUCCUUGGUAGUUACUGCCAAUACCACUCAACGCAGGGACUCACGCUCCUCAAAGAAUCAGUCUUCCUCCACUUAUCAACAAUCCAAGAAUGACUCCAGAUCAAAGUCUCGAUAG